GAAAGUCAUGGCAAACAAUCAAGUCCCAAUGGCAGUUUUCAUAGUCGCAUUGUUAGGUGCACACGAAGUCAAAAGAUUUUCUACGUGGUGUUCGAGGAGUACAAUCACUUCCUUUCAAAUUGGAAUAUUUUUGAAUGGUAUGAAUUAUUACUGCUACGCAAUAAAAUCGGCUAGGGAGGAAAGUGUUGUUGGAGACGAAGAACUUUGGGAAAACAAAGUUGAUGCGGAAUUCACAGCGGGCAAUGAAAAACUUCAGAACACGAACGCAACCAAUGUGAACAGUUUAAACAAAACUAUAAAUUCGGUCGAAAAUUCCGCUAGAGCUUCGAAUGUGGUAACAACAAAUAUAAAUGGAAACAAAGUGGAAAAUGUUGCAAAAAGAUCCUUAAUAGAUCCCAAAUUCAAAAGCGUCAUUACCAAUUCAGACUCGAAAGCCACGAAAAGAACAGUUAAAAACUCAAAAUUAUUAAGAAGAUAGACCAGCAUGUAUGUUUUUAAUAAAUAAUUUCGAAUUGUAUUCGCAAGCUUACACGUUUUUAUUUCGUAAC